AUGAGCUUUGCGACGUAUACGGAAGAUGAGCAGAAACACAGCACUAGUGGGUUGCUGAAGGUGGAGUCGAAGAGGCGGUUGCUGAGGCGGAGGUCAAAUACGGGCAAUGCGGAGACCUUAGCGGAGUUGAUUAGGGCGCCAACCCUGCCAACGCUUCCCGAUUUGGAAUCACCGCACUUUUUCCACUCGACGGCAGCCCGCUCCACUCAACAUCAACUACUCUUAAACCACCCUCUUCGCGCGUUGUUAGAGCGAUUCCCCGAAGAGCGCCAGGAACUCGCAACAAUGCUUAUCCCCAAGGAAGACCGCAAGAAGAUCCACGAGUACCUCUUCCGCGAGGGUGUCCUCGUGGCCAAGAAGGACUUCAACCUUCCCAAGCAUGGCGACAUUGACACCAAGAACCUCUACGUGAUCAAGGCCCUCCAGUCCCUUGACUCCCGCGGUUACGUCAAGACCCGCUUCUCGUGGCAGUACUACUACUACACCCUCACCCCCGAGGGUCUCGACUACCUCCGCGAGUGGCUCCACCUCCCCGCCGAGGUUGUCCCCGCUACCCACAUCAAGCAGCAGCGUUCCCACGCUCCCCCCCGUGGCAUGAUGGGUGGUGAGGAGCGCGAGCGCCGUCCCCGUGCUCCCCGUGAGGGUGGCUACCGCCGCCGCGAGCAGGGUGAGAACAAGGAGGGUGGUGCCCCCGGCGAGUUCGCCCCUAGCUUCCGUGGUGGCUUCGGCCGUGGCCGUGGUGCUCCCUCUUCUUAA